AUGACAUAUGAUCCGGGCAGCUGUGUUAAGGAUGUGUUUGAGUCCUUCACCUUGGCUAAGUGCUGGGCUUCAGCACUGGGCUCAUUAUCUUGUCCUGAGAAUAGUCACUAUGAGGCCUGUGGAAAUGCCUGCCCAGCAACCUGCUCUGACCAGAUGGCACCCUCCACAUGUGACGACACCUGUGCAGAGGUCUGCCAGUGUGACGAGGGCUACGUCCUGAGUGCCGAGAAGUGCGUCCCAGUGGAGACCUGCAACUGCACCUACAAUGGCAUGACCUACAAGGCAGGCGAGGAGUUCUGGGCUGGUGAAGGCUGCCAUUCCCGCUGCAUGUGUGACCCCAGACUAGGCACUGUGUGCAAAGAUUAUUCCUGCAAGGCCAAUGAAGCAUGCAUUGUGUUCAGAGGAGUCCGGCAGUGUCGUGCUGUCAGCUACUCCACCUGCAUAGGAACUGGAGACCCUCACUAUACCUCCUUUGAUGGGAGGAAGUAUGACUUCAUGGGCACCUGUGUGUAUCAGAUGGCAGCAGUCUGCUCCGAGGACCCCACUCUCACCCCCUUUUCAGUCAACGUGGAGAACAACAACCGCGGCAGUAAAAAGGUGUCCUUCACCAAAGUGGUGACUCUGGAGGUCUACAACAUGACCAUCAGCCUGAGCCAAGAGUAUCCACAGAAGGUCCAGGUCAACGGGGUUUUUGUGGAGCUUCCAUUCUCCUAUGAAAAUAAACUGAAAGUCUACACCAGUGGAGUCCAUGGCUUCAUCAAAACAGACUUUGACCUGAGAGUCAGCUUUGAUUGGUACAGCUAUGCCAGGGUCAUUAUACCCAACACUUAUGCCAAUGCUGUCUGUGGACUUUGUGGCAAUGCCAAUCAGGAUCCCAGCGAUGACUUUGCCAUGCAGAAUGGAAUUCAGGCAAGGAGUGAGACUGAAUUUGGAGAUAGCUGGAAGGUGAAGGAGGUUCCCGGGUGCUCAGCAGGAUGCACGAGUGACUGCACUGUGUGCCCAGCAUCAGAGAAGCAAAUCUACAGGAGUGACCAGUACUGUGGGAUCCUCAUCAGAAAGGAUGGACCAUUCAGGCAGUGCCAGGAGGCCAUUGACCCAACCAGCUACUACGAUGACUGUGUCUUUGACACCUGCCAGUACAGAGGACACCACGGUACCUUGUGCAGCGCCAUCGGUGCCUAUGUGACAGCCUGCCAAGCAAAAGGCAUCCCGAUUGGGAAAUGGAGAUCAGAGUCCUUCUGCAAACUUCCCUGUCCAUAUGGCUCCCACUAUGACCUCUGCGGAACCGGCUGCCCUGCCACCUGCCAGAGCUCCCCCUCUCCAAAAAGGUGUGAGGCUCCCUGUACCGAAGGCUGCUUCUGUGACCCUGGAUUCAUCCGCAGUGGGUCCCAGUGCGUCCCUCUUGCAGAGUGUGGCUGUGAGCACCAGGGCAGAUACUACAAGAAGGGAGAGGAGUUCUUCCCCAGCAGCUCCUGCGAACAGAAGUGCCAGUGCUUGGGCAAACGCACCAUUGACUGCCAGCCCUUCUCCUGUGAAGCACAUGAAGAGUGCAGGGCUCCUGCACUUACACUCUAG